AGGGUGAGGCAGUGGCUGUGCCGGCGAGAGCGAAGCCAGACAGUGACAGGGAUAGACUGGGACUAGACGAGAUGGGGCUGCCUGAGGAACGGAGUGGCUCCGGGAGUGGGACUGGGAGCGGGAGCGGAAGCGGGGAGCGGGCGCGGAGCUGGUCCCCGCCACCUGAGCUUAGCCGCACGGCGCACGUCCCCUCCAUGGCGCGCUACCGGGAGCUGCACGGGCGCUCGGUGCUCGAGCCUCGGGAAUUUUGGGGAGAUAUUGCCAAGGAAUUUUACUGGAAGACUCCAUGUUCUGGCCCCUUCCUCCAAUAUAAUUUUGAUGUCACUAAAGGGAAGAUCUUCAUUGAAUGGAUGAAGGGAGCAACCACCAACAUCUGCUACAACUUGCUAGACCGAAAUGUUAAUGAGAAGAAACUUGGAGACCGAGUGGCCUUUUACUGGGAAGGCAAUGAACCUGGGGAAGCCACCCAGAUCACUUACCGAGAGCUCCUGACCCAGGUGUGUCGGUGUGCUAAUGCCCUCCGGAAACAGGGCAUUCGGAAAGGAGACCGUGUAUCCAUCUACAUGCCCAUGAUUCUGGAGCUGGUGGUGGCCAUGCUUGCCUGUGCUCGUCUUGGUGCAUUGCAUUCAAUCGUGUUUGCAGGCUUCUCAGCUGAUUCUCUCUGUGAGCGGAUCCUGGACUCAAGCUGUACCCUCCUUAUUACGGCAGAUGCCUUCUACAGAGGAGAAAAACUAGUGAACCUGAAAGAACUUGUGGAUGAUGCCCUGCACAAGUGCCGGGAGAAGGGCUUCCCUGUAAAGAGAUGCAUUGUAGUCAAGCACCUUGGCCGCGCAGAGCUGGGCACAGGUGAUUCUCCGAGCCAUUCCCCUCCAUUGAAAAGGCCAUGCCAGGACCUACAGGACAAAAUGAAAGCGAAACCAAUGUCCAAGCGACCCCAGAUCCCCUGGAAUCAGGGGGUCGAUCUAUGGUGGCAUGAGAUCCUGGGGGAUGCAGAGGAGGAGUGUGAGCCUGAGUGGUGUGACGCAGAGGACCCACUCUUCAUCCUUUAUACCAGUGGUUCUACUGGAAAACCCAAGGGAGUAGUACACACGACAGGGGGAUAUAUGCUGUACACAGCCACCUCUUUCAAGUAUGUCUUUGACUUCCAUGAGGAUGAUGUGUUUUGGUGCACGGCAGACAUCGGCUGGAUCACUGGGCACUCCUAUGUCACCUAUGGGCCUCUGGCUAAUGGGGCUACCAGUGUCCUGUUUGAGGGAAUUCCCACGUACCCUGAUGUGAGCCGCUUGUGGAACAUUGUGGACAAGUACAAGGUGACCAAGUUCUACACAGCACCCACAGCUAUCCGCCUGCUUAUGAAGUUUGGGGAUGAGCCCGUCAACAAAUACAGUCGGGCAUCCCUGCGGGUAUUAGGGACAGUGGGCGAGCCCAUCAACCCAGAAGCCUGGCUGUGGUACCACCGUGUGGUGGGAGCCCAGCGCUGCCCUAUUGUGGACACCUUCUGGCAGACAGAGACAGGUGGCCAUAUGCUGACCCCUCUCCCUGGUGCCACACCCAUGAAGCCAGGUUCUGCGACUUUCCCAUUCUUUGGUGUGGCACCAGCAAUCUUGAACGAGUCUGGGGAGGAGUUGGAAGGAGAAGCAGAAGGUUACCUGGUGUUCAAGCAGCCCUGGCCCGGGAUCAUGCGUACUGUCUAUGGGAACCAUGAGCGCUUUGAGGCCACCUACUUCCGGAAGUUCCCAGGCUACUAUGUAACAGGGGAUGGUUGUCGGCGAGAUGAAGAUGGCUAUUACUGGAUCACAGGCCGGAUCGAUGACAUGCUCAAUGUGUCUGGCCACUUGCUGAGCACAGCGGAAGUGGAGUCAGCACUGGUAGAGCACAGGGCCAUUGCUGAGGCAGCUGUGGUCAGCCACCCACACCCUGUGAAGGGUGAAUGUCUUUAUUGCUUUGUCACUCUACGGGAGGGCCAUGUCUUUACUCCUGCCCUCGCUGAGGAGCUCAAGAAGCAGGUUAGAGAAAAAAUCAGCCCUAUUGCUACUCCGGAUUACAUCCAGAAUGCACCUGGCUUGCCCAAAACACGCUCAGGGAAGAUCAUGAGGCGGGUUCUGAGGAAGAUUGCACAGAAUGACCAUGACCUGGGGGACACGUCCACCGUAGCUGACCAGUCUGUCAUCAGCCAUCUUUUCAGCCACCGCUGCCAGACAGCACUAUGAACCAAGGUUUCACCCAAAGCUCCUUCCUCAGACAUCCCUGCUUGACUCUUCAAAGUUGUAUCCAACUUGCCACCCCUUGCCAACCACCAUCCAAGAGUACUAACAGGAGAUGUAGCUUGUACCCUCAGGACCAGAAGAUGUGGGGCAGGGCCCAGCUCCCCCUUCUCCCUGACAGCAGGGUACAGAACAGGCUAGACCCCUUACUCUAGGCCUCAACAGGAGCUGGAGCCUCUGCCAGAGUCAGGUGAUUGGGCAUGGGGGACGGGGGAUGCAUUGGAGCCCCGGGAGCGAAGGCAGAUAGAUGAUUGAUCCAUGUUCAGCUAGACUGGGUCACAGGCCCUUCCCCAAAAGCACCAGCACUUACCUCAAUACUAAAUUAGAUCUGUCUUUAGAAAUUGCUCCUUAUGACAGUUUGAAAAGGUGAUUUAAAGAAAAACAAAAGCAAAAACCUAUUUCCUUUUACUGGUGGGGGCAUCCGGAACAGGAAAGCAUGUUCACAAAUUCCAAAGGCCAGGACCAGAAACCUAUUAGACUCCCCACCUAGAAGGACUGCAACUUCUCCAUUUUGGGAGGGCAAGGGGGGACCUCAGGUUUCUUUCCUGCCUCCAUCCCACUGUCAUUGGGGCUGAAAAAAUUUUCAAGCCUUAUGGUUAUAGGAAUAAAGUCUCUAAAACAGA